AUGUCAGACACAUUACCAUGGAUUGAAAAGUAUCGUCCAGAAUCUCUUGACGACAUCUAUGGCCAGCAGGAAAUCAUCACCACCGUUCACAAGUUCAUCCAAACGGGGAAAUUACCCCAUUUGUUGUUCUACGGCCCACCAGGAACAGGAAAGACAUCGACCAUUAUUGCUGUUGCCCGGGAGAUCUACGGAAAAAACUACAAGAACAUGGUGCUUGAAUUGAACGCAUCCGACGAUCGAGGCAUCGACGUUGUUCGUAACCAAAUCAAGAACUUUGCCAGCACAAGACAGAUAUUCAACCAGGGAAACAGCUUCAAGUUGAUCAUCUUGGACGAAGCUGACGCCAUGACUAAUGCAGCUCAGAACUCGUUAAGACGUAUCAUUGAGAAGUUCACCAAGAACUGUCGUUUCUGUAUCUUGGCUAACUAUUCACAUAAGCUAAACCCAGCGUUGAUUUCGAGAUGUACGCGAUUCAGAUUCCAUCCCAUUGACACUGAGGCAAUCAGAGAAAGAAUCAAAGUGGUCAUUACAAAAGAGCAGGUGGACAUAGAUGCAAAGGCUGUGGAUGCGCUUGUUCAACUCUCGAAAGGUGAUAUGAGACGAGCAUUGAAUGUGUUGCAAGCGUGCAAGGCAGCAACCGCAGGAUCGAUAGACUUGGAUAUGAUCUAUGAAUGUAUUGGUGCACCCCAUCCGCAAGAUAUCGAAACGGUAUUGGACUCGAUUCUCAAAGACGAUUGGACUACCGCAUACAUCACUAUAAAUAAAUUCAAAACAACCAAAGGGUUAGCAUUGAUUGAUUUGAUUGCGGGGUUUGUUGAUAUUUUGAAUAAUUACAAAUUGAAUAAUAAGACAAGGGUUGGAAUAUUGAAGGGGUUGAGUGAUAUCGAAUAUGGAAUUUCCAAAGGUGGUAAUGAUAAGAUUCAAAGUAGUGCGAUUAUUGGUGUUAUCAAGAGUGCUAUGGAGAAUGAAUAG